AUGUUCCCCAAGCUCUCUACCGCUCUCCUCAUCUUGACUGCCGCUGCUUCCGUCAGCGCUCACGGCGCCCUGGUGGCUGUCGCCGGAUCCAACGGCGUCAACGGUCAGGGCUUCGGUGUCGUCGACAGCACCCCUCGCGACGGCACUCGUCGCAAUCCCUUCCAGACGGACACAUCGAUCAUCCGUGACAAGGAGAUCGCAAGCGGCGACGCUGGUCCGUGCGGACGUACCUUGGCCGGCGGUGUCAACGACAUGGGUGCUCAGAUGGAGGCUGCUGCGUCCGCUGGGCUUCCGUCUGCGGCCGAGGACGGGACGGUGACGAUGACCAUCCACCAGGUCAACGGCGACGGUGCUGGUCCGUACGAGUGCGGUGUAUCCGCAGAUGCAUCUGGCAAGAGCUUCGCAGCGAUGAAGGUGGUGACGAACGUGCCUGGAGAGAACUCGCGGUCGAACGCGAAGGCACAGGACUUUGCGCUUGUAGCUCAGAUGCCUGCUGGAACGACAUGCACCGGUGGACCGAACGGAGAUGCAUGCGUGGUGCGAUGCAGGAACGCAGCUCGUGCUGGGCCUUUCGGAGGAUGCACAGCGGUGACCAACGCACAGCCUGCAGCCAACGCCAAGCGCGAGGUGACGGUUGCGGAAGCAGAGGCAGCACUGGCAGAAGACCUGGAGAGGCGAUCGGUGGCGGUGAACAAGAAGCGGUAUGUGAGGAGCCGUGUGGCGGGAGGGAAAGCUGGAGAGUGGAUCUAA